GCUCAGUAUAUAAAGCAGGACCACGACGGCAGGACGGCGGCUGGGAGUCGCAGCCCGGGAUUGUAAAUAAGACCGCUCAAACUGUGUUUUAUUUACAAAAGUAAUGCCGGCUGUUUUAAGAGAGCGUUCCCAGUUGUUUUAAGUCAUUUUUUUUGUAAUUUUUUUGGCUCUAUCUCUCGCCUAUUUCCGUGUGGUUUUUACACUACGCGUAUAAUGGCGAGCUCGGCUAACUCGAACCCAGUGCCUAAACUAUAUAAGUCUGUAAUUGAGGAUGUGAUCAACGAGGUACGAGAGCUCUUCCUGGAUGAGGGAGUGGACGAGCAGGUGCUUCUGGAGCUGAAAACGCUGUGGGAAAACAAGCUGUUGCAGUCCAAGGCAGUGGAGGGCUUCCACACCGAGGAGCAGGCAGCCCUGCAGGCCGCGCAGCAGCAGCAGCAGCAGCAUCAGGUCCAGCAGGUGCAGCAGGUGCAGCAGGUCCAGCAGCAGGUUCAGCAGGUGCAUCAGGUCCAGCAGGUGAAUCAGCCUGCACAGGCCCAGCAGGUCAUUCUGCCCCCCCAGCAGCAGCAAGCUCCACAGCAACAAGUGAUUGUUCAAGAUUCCAAGAUUCUGCAGCACAUGAGUGCGACGGGGAUGAGUGCAGCAGCGACAGCAGCAACGCUCGCUCUGCCCACGGGCGUCACUCCGUACCAACAGCUCAUCACCAGCCAAGGUCAGAUCCUCCAGGUGGUCCGCGCCGCCAACGGGGCCCAGUACAUCAUCCAGCCCCAGCAGCAGAUCCUCGUGCAGCAGCAGAUGCAGCCUGGCAGCGUGCAGGCGCCGGUCAUACAGCAGGUAUGCCCCGUCAGACAGGUCCUGGCUCCCAUGCAGGGAGGCCUGUCCCAGCAAGGGGUCAUCAUCCAGCCGCAGCAGAUUGUCUUGGCUUCAGGAAACAAAGUCCAAGGCAACCCUCAGUUGAUGCAGGCAGCAGCUCUGGCGCAGCAGCCCGGCCAGGCAGCGACGGCGCAGGUCCAGCAGGUCCAGCAGGUCCAGCAGGUCCAGGGUUCCGCGGCCCCUCAGGUCCCAGCGCAGACCCAGGCCCAGCAGCCUCCCAUGAUACUGCAGGCGGACGGCGCCGGGGACACCUCCUCGGAGGACGACCAGGACGACGAGGAGGAGGAGUAUGGCGAGGAUGAGGAGGAGGAGAAGGACAAGGACGGGGGAGAGGACGGGCAGGUGGAGGAGGAGCCGCUGAACAGCAGCGACGAUGUCAGCGACGAGGAGGACCAGGAGCUGUUUGACACGGAGAACGUAGUGGUGUGCCAGUACGACAAAAUUCACAGAAGUAAGAACAAAUGGAAAUUCCACCUGAAGGACGGGAUCAUGAACCUGAACGGGAGGGACUACGUCUUCUCCAAAGCUAUCGGCGACGCUGAAUGGUGAAGAGGGAAGAAGCGCCCCGGAGACCGGAGCGGGAACUGUAGCUCCCUCUGUCCAGUCAACAGACACUUCAGCGUCCUCCGGCGCCGGUGGCUGGAUGCGUUUCAGGAAACACCUUCUGAGUCUCUGAGAACUCUCCGACUUCCAAAAACACUCAACUGACCAUUCGGGACGGUCCACCUGCGCCCCGAGUCCCCUUGGCUUCUUUCCCCCGAGCGCAUCCACACGCGAUGGGAAGCAAGCCUUUCACCGGUGUCGUGGACCGGGGGGGGGGGAGACCUGAGCCGCUCCACACACACCCCCUUCCCCCCCCCCAGAGGGUCAGAGGUCAUUCAUUACUUCCCCGUAGAUGAGAACCACCUUCGUGAUGCACUGUAGUCGGUUGACUGGAUUGACUCGUGUCUGCUUUUAAGUCCAAACAUAGUGGCGCCGGUCGGGAUCGCCGCCUGUAGAGCCGCCACAAUCUUUUGGCUUCUAAUUUCUGCUUUUGGAUCGUAGUUCUGUCUCAAUUCAUUUCUAUGAAACGGUGCUCCAGAGUUUUUAUGUAGGUAACAAUCUGUAAUUGUUUUAAACUUUUCUUUUUUCUUCUAUUUUUAAAUGAUAGCUAAAUUACAUUAUAAUUACAUUAAUUCUAAAAUAACUAGUUGUUUAAAGGCAUUAUUUUAAUCGAAUGAGCGCUCAAUCCAAAAACGUUUUUCCCGCUGCUUCUCUGGAGCUUCAUUCCAUCUUUAUUGGUCACAAAAAAAAGAGGAGGAGCCGAUCCGACACUGACUUUGUUUGUGUAACGUGCGCGUUGUGUGACGUCCGUCUCUUCUUCUCUCAUUUGAAUUCCCUGCAGCCGUCAGUUCAUCCGCGUGUUGCGGAAUCCAUCAAACCGUACAAUAGUUUAACAUCUGUCCUUUUUUUGCUUUCUUCUUUUAAUUUAUUUCUGAUAUUUCAUCACGUGUUGUGUUCUUUUGAAAGGCUGGAAAGCCGCACCAAACUGUGCUCUUAUGAUCUAAUAAGUGUUCCUUUUUUUUUUUUUUUUUUCUCUUGUUGGACGAAGCUGCGUAACGCUGAGUUCCCAUGACGUCCACCGUGAGCUCUCCUCGCUUUUAAUUUUGUUCAUGGCUUUUAAAAGAAUAUUUUCUAUUGAAGCGAGUAUAACUCGGGGGGGCCUGUGUGUUUCUCUGCAGUUGGUUUUUAGCGCCCCUGUUGCAGCAAUUCAAAAUAAAGUCUGUGUUUUUUGACUGUCGUGUGAAUUUGGUUGGUCGUUGCUAAUCUAGUGUGUUUUUAAAGGAACUCUCUUCAUAUCAAGGAAGCGCUGAUUACGUGACCAACGCUAAACGAGCAGUGAAAUGUUUCCUGUCCUUUCCCCAUACGUAACCCAACCGAAGUACAAUCCUUUGUUUUACUCAUUGCAACUAUUUUGAUUAAUGUGCACAUGCAAACCAAGUGGCUGUCAAUCAUCACCAUUCUCAAAGACAAAUAGGCAGAUGUGCGUAUUUUGGGUAGAACGCUAAAGAAAAAGGAGCAGCUCCUGCAGUUAUUUGUAAAAGGUGAAACCCGCUCAGUCGUAGUUCUUUUGUGUUCUCCUUACUGUUGGAUGUAUCGUGUGCCUUUUUACAGCUUUUUUAUUUUUCGAAAUGGAACAAAUGUCGGAUGAGCUUAAGAAGAGUACUAAACGGUAUCCUCUGCUUUCAGAAUGUCCUGUUGUGUGUGUGUUCCGCUAACGUAAAUGUAUUGUUCUCAUACAUAAUUAUUUUUUAUUAAAUCAAGUUUGGAACGAAAGCCCAGACCGACUCAUUUAGA